AUUUUAAAUUUUUAUUUUAGCUACAGUUGGGAUAAUGAUAACUGCUUCUCACAAUCCUGAAGAGGACAAUGGAGUAAAACUUGUUGACCCUAUGGGGGAGAUGUUAGAAGAAGAGUGGGAAAAACUGGCAUCUCAGUUAGCUAAUGUAUCUGAUGAUCAAGUUGUCUCUGCAAUGGAAGGUAUCAUUACAGACUGCUCCGUUGACAUGAACACUCCCUCAUCUGUUUUUUUAGCUUAUGAUACCAGACAAAGUAGUCCACAUCUUGCACAAGCUGUCAUUGAUGGUGUUCAGUCACUUGAAGGGCAUGUAGAAAACUUUGGCAUUUUGACAACUCCCCAGCUACACUAUUUGGUGAGGUGCAAGAAUACAAAUGAGCAGUAUGGUGCAUGUAGUGAGGAGGGAUAUUACAGAAAACUUUCCAAAGCUUUUCUGCACCUAAGAACAGUUGGAGCAUCAAAAGGUAACUAUCAAUCAUCUUUAAAUUUGGAUGGAGCAAAUGGAGUGGGAGCCCUGAAAAUGAAAGUGUUUCAGAAGUAUUUAGGAGAAGGACUUAAUGUGACUAUCUUUAAUGAUGGGAGCAAAGGAAAACUAAACCAUAUGUGUGGAGCUGAUUUUGUGAAAGUUCAACAAAAAAUUCCAGAGGGUAUUCCUGUAGAAGCUGGUGUUAGGUGUGUUUCUUUUGAUGGGGAUGCUGAUAGAGUUGUGUAUUUCUAUUUGGAUGACAACCAGAAAUUUCAUCUUUUGGAUGGAGACAAAAUAGCCACAAUGGUAACAGCAUACUUGAAAGACUUAUUGUCAGCUGCUGGAGUUGAUCUGGAUCUGUGCAUUGUUCAAACGGCUUAUGCCAAUGGAAGCUCAACCUAUUUUAUCUCUGACAUUCUAAAAGUUCCUGUAGUUUGUGUUCCAACUGGUGUUAAGCAUCUUCAUCAUCGAGCUCAGCAGGCUGAUAUAGGAGUUUACUUUGAAGCUAAUGGACAUGGGACAGUAGUAUUCAGUGAUAAAACCAUUGAAAAGCUGGAGACAGUAGUUAAAAGUUCAAGUCGUCCUGAGCAAAAGAAAGCAGCACAAAAAGUAAUGGAUGUCAUCAACCUCAUUAACCAAACUGUAGGAGAUGCCAUUUCAGACAUGUUAUUAGUUGAAACUGUUCUUCAUGAUCGUGGAUGGAGUGUAGCAGAUUGGGACCAAAUUUACAAAGACCUCCCAAACCGGCAAUUAAAAGUUAUGGUUGCUGACAGAAAAGUAAUCACAACAACUGAUGCAGAAAGAAUAUGUGUAACUCCUGACAGCCUGCAAGAAGCUAUUAAUAGUCUUACUUCAAAAUACUUGUGUAGCAGGGCUUUUGUAAGGCCUUCAGGAACGGAGGAUGUUGUUAGAGUCUAUGCUGAAGCUACGACCCAGGAGAAUGCAGACAUGUUGGCCUAUGAAGUGAGUAAGAAAGUUUACCAGCUAGCUGGUGGUGUUGGAUCAGAACCUCAACCUCCAGUUUGAGUUUUGUAGGAGAGUUUUAGGUUAAAGUUAUGGCAGUUUCCUUUGGUGAUGGCUCGGUUAUGUUUCAUUUGGAUUACUGUCAUGAUGCUCAAAUCAUUGUUGGUGGUGGAAAGAAUUUAGUCAAUUGUGAUUUAUAUUUUUAUACACUUGUUCAAGUUUAGAUGAAAUAUCCCAGGUUUGAUUUUUUUUCUGUUCCUAUACAAGUUUUUUUUUUGUUUACAUUUUUAAAGAAUU